UUUUCUUUCAUUGUGCAGCAAUACAUAGAGUGCACUAAAGAUCUUUAUCAUGCAGAAUUGGAAAGAGUUGACUUUGUGAAUGCUGUUGAGGAAGUUAGAAAGAAAAUUAAUUCCUGGGUUGAAAGCCAAACGAAUGGUAAAAUCAAGGAUCUGCUUCCUGUUGGCUUGCUUGGAAAAAGUACUGCAUUGGUCUUGGUAAAUGCUAUAUAUUUCAAAGGAAAGUGGAGGACGCAAUUUGAUUCCAAGGAUACGCAUGAAGCAGACUUUUGGACCAGUAAGGAGCACAGCAAAAAAGUGCAAAUGAUGGCUCAAGAGGGGAAAUUUAACUAUGCUAAAAUAACAAGCCCACCAAUGGAAGUGCUUGAGCUUCCCUAUGAUAAUAAGGGAGACCUAAGCAUGUUCAUCUUUCUGCCGGACAAGAAUGGGAGCACAAAAGAGAUUGUGAGGCAACUCACUUAUGAAAAAUUUCAAGACUGGACCAGUUCAACAAACAUGAAGAACACAGAGAUCAAGAUUUUCCUGCCAAAAUUCAAGAUGGAAGGAGAAUAUUCGCUCGUUCCUACUUUAGGUAAAAUGGGAAUGAAGGAUGUGUUUAAUCCAGGCAAAGCUGAUUUAUCUGGCAUGUCUGGGGAUCGGAACCUGGUUGUAUCUCAGGUUCGUCAUAAAGCCUAUAUUGAAGUGAACGAGGAAGGUACCGAAGCAGCUGCUGCUACUGGUGUAGUUGUAGUUCCUACAAGUGCUGCAAGUAUGCCUCAGUUUAAGGCAAAUCGACCUUUCUUGCUUGUUCUAAUAGAUACUCGCACCAUGACCAUUCUUUUUGCCGGCAAAUUUUCCUCACCGUAAAUACCAGGUGCUGCAACAUUAAAAAAAAAUAUUUCCAUCUGUUGUAAGCAACCAAGACUUCUGCAUUCCAAAUUAUGUUCUCAACUUGGCUAACAAGUCAUUUCCUCUCUUAAGAAAGAGCAAAUUGUGAGGUACAGGUUUUAUUUGCUUACUGAGCUAAAAUCUCCUUUACACUGAUAUGUGUGUGGAAUCCAAAGUAUACAAACCUGUAUGUUCCUUGUGACACAGGGCCCUUAUCUAUAGAGAGCCUGACAUACAGGAAGAAAAGGUAAUGGAGAGAGGGGGACUCCUAAAACCAACUCCCACAAAUUAAGCCUCCAGCAGAGAACC